AUGCCCUGCACAUGCGCCCCCUCCCCCGACCUAACCGAGCCCCUCCCCUUCGCCCCAGAGAUCAAAAGUCGAAUCCUCUGCUUCCUCCUUACCACUACCACUUGCAAUUCCCACUUUAUCGACCUCCUCUGCCUCGAGCAAGCCGUCUAUGCCGUCCACGCCAAGGAGCUGUACCGCGAAGUGACCUUGGAUGGCAAAAGCAUUCAGGCUUUGUGGAAGGGCUGCGACUUGAAUGAUGACGACGAGCUUCCCGACCAGUCUGUGCUGGAUCUUUUGUCUGACGAGAUGCCGACUCCGCUUGGCCACAUUUCUAUAUCCUACCCCUCCGCCGUCCGCAAACUCCUCCUGGUCAGACACUGUUCGUCUCUGUACCUCCGCACCGGCCAUGCAGCAGACUGGCAUUCUGCCUCCGUCCCAAAACACCUCUCGACUCUCACGGAGAAGCUUGGUGUCAGUGCCCCGCUCUUUUGUGAAGUCGAGAGCCUGGUCAUCGGUGAGGACUACAUGGAGUACAUCCUGAAGGCAUUGGAGAAUGACACGGAAUUUGGGACUUCUUUGGGAAUCAAUUCCAAAUACAUCCCUCAAUAUGUCCCCACCGUCUGCGUCCACUGGCCCGACUACUCCCGAAGCGGGAUGCUUGGAGAUGAGCUGAAAACCCUUAUCACUUCCCCGAUACCGCUCCUAGCAUGCCACGAGCUCGUCAUCCACAACGCUAAGCUCGACCAACUUCGACCUUUCCUGGGUCCCAAGCUUGUCCUUGACCUCGCUCCUACUAUAUACCACGAGGGAGUGGAUAACGAGCAUCGCAUAGGCUACGCACAGGAGGCUGCAUGCUUAUGGUGGCUGUCGAGGUACCUCAAAAAACGGGUGCGCCAUGGAGGCCAACGUGACAUCACGUUCGCCAACUUAUUCACAUGGAAGUCUCCCACUCCCGAUUCGGUCGUUCGCCACCAAGUCGACAUCGAGCUGCGUGGUGACGGUUGGCGCGACACUAUUGGGGACAUGAUGAUUUAUAAAGCCGAUGAAGAUUUCGACCCCGACUGUGAGGGCCCGCGAUACUGCCACUGCUGAGCCCCCUUUGUGCCCCAGGGUGAGGUAGACUUGUGGUCUUCCCGCUGCAUGGAGGGGGAAGGAGGAGUUUUCGAUAGGGUCGAGAAAAAAGCCGUAGACGAGAGGAUUUCCAGGUUCUGGGACGAUGGCAACUGAGGUUGGGAACGCGAAUGUGGUUCCGAAAGAAUUCUUCAUUUGAACUACCGUAUACUAUCUACUCGUAUAGUACUACAACGACUGGCUGAUAUCAUCGAGAACGAGGAGGAGAAACAUUUGCCUCUUAUCAUGUAUUGUAAC